AUGAAAUCCAAUACAUCCAAAAAAGAACGCAGCUCCUCACAAAUUCUUCUUGAUGACGACUUUCCACUAGACACUGAAGCUGGCCCUGGCAGCUACGAAAUUCCUAACUCCCCCCCUCCGUAAGUGAACAAAACCAUUAGAAAAAUCCCCUAUUUUUUGCCCAAAAAACCCACCCUCCGUGAGUGAACAAAAAUUUUUUUAAUAGAAAAAAUUUUUAAUGAAAAAAAAAUUUGAUAUAUAAGUGAUAAUUAUUAUAAUGAAAUCUAGAGCUAAUUCUGUUUAAUUUUAAACAAAUUGCGUUUUAAAAAACAUAAAUUUUAUAAAUUAAAUUAAUAUUUGCUUCCCAAUUUUUGCAAAUUAGGAUUUUUUUAAAUUUUGAAAAAAAAAAAUUAACCCCCUCCGUGAGUGAACAAAAUUUUUUUGUUCACUCACGGAGGGGGGGGAGUAAUUUAUUCGGAAAAGAGUCCGUCCGUUAUCAUAAUUCACCACAAAUAACUUUUUCCAAGGCAAAAUCUACUGAUAAAUUGUACUAUGGCAGACAACUGACAAAGCAAUUAAAAGGCAGCCAAUCGCCUGGAUCAAGCGCUUAUUUUCCUGACAUAAAAUCAGUCGCUAAAUCAGAAGGAUCGACGAAGUUUCCGAAAUCUAAAAGAAAAUUUGACUUUUUAAACAUCUUAAUGGACAGGUCUCCUGGACCUAUUUAUAACUAUCCUCAUAGUUUAUCUACAAGUAUAGCGUUUCCCAAGGCAACAAGAGAUAAACCCAAUAAUAAUGAAGCUCCUCCGCCAGGUUCAUAUAACCCAAAAUAUUUCCCGAACUCUUCAGGAUUUGCUUUUAAAAAGCCAGAAAAGGUGCUGAAAGGAAGAUUUGAGUCCUUUAUGCAGCUAACUGAUACACCAGGCCCAGCUGAGUAUAAAGUUAGUGCAAAACCUAAGCAAAGAGGAGGGAUUUUUUCAAAGGUUGGAAGGGAUGCAUAUGAAAGUAAUUUUAAGGUAGAAUAUAACUUGUCGCCUGGCCCAGGAAGCUAUGAUUCUGACUUCAAAGAUUAUAAAAGAAAAACUUUAGUAGAAUCGUUUGGCAAAGAAAGAAGGAAUAUUGAUAUUAGAAAUUGUAAUUUUUAUUUAGAUGCAAAAUCGUAUGAAAUUUAUAAAAGUGCAUAA